GCACUUGUCGCGUAUCUUCGGGUCGACCGUUCCCAUGGAAACGGGACGCUACUAUCUGAUUCAGUCAUGACCCCCUGUGACCCCGACAUAUCCAGGGGGUAAACACAAAACAAAAGUCAAGAUCGAAAUCAUUCGGAAAGUCGCGUGGAAAAGGAAUGGCCUUCAUUUGGUCACAUGACACCUUUCCAUCUCUAAUACAACCUCCGUAUAAAGAUUGCGUAUAAAAUGUCGACAGGUGCACGUACUUUCACCCGAUUAUGGCUCGUAAUGUAUUCAAUUGCUUCAUCACCAUUACUGUUGAUUGUGACAGUUUUACGCGGACACAAUGGAUGGAUGAAAUGACGUAUUGAUUGGUCGAGGGAGAAGAGUUAGGAUAAAAAUUAUUACAGAUUGCUUGAGUGGCUGCUAUCCUAAUAACAUGCGUGAGGAGUUAUUGUUGACAUGUACGAAGAUGACAAAUUUGAUGUUGUAUUGGUACAUGAAGUUUGAAUUUAAACUACGUCAUCGUCAUGAGUCAAGUUCGAGUAUAUUAUUUGCAGAAGAGGACUGGGAUCUUCGUGAUUUUAACCGUUUGUUGGAUGUGGUAGAGAAGAUGAAGUCUAGAAGAUAAUGAUGACGAUGAUGAUGAUGACGGUUUGGAAGGAUAAUCCUGCGUAGUUGUUUUGACGUGGUGUACGAGGAGAUGCUGAUGUUUAAUGUUUUCGACAAGAAGUUUUUGAUUGAUGAGUUAUUACAGACGAUGUCAUAAUACUUGACUACAUAUCUUGGAUUUAAUAAACGAGUUCAUCAUCCUGUAACGAGAAAUACGACAACGCUGUGACAUUUUAAUUCUUGGACUAUAUCCUGGACCCGUUUCUAGCGACCAAACGCUCAAGUCUCCCCGGCAUGAUACUUCAUGUUAUUGCAAUCUGAUGGGUAAAAUAUGAAUUUGCCAUAUUUUAUAGCACUUAUUAUAUAGCAAUGCGUCAAUAUUCGUGAGGUUGUCUUGGAAACUAAUGCAAGGAUAAUUUUGGUGCAUGUUAUCAAUUACGCAUCACUACGUCAAGGAUUGAUGCAGAUGUGUAUGCCCCCCGUUGUGGUGGAUCCGAAUAUCUGUUGAUAUUGAUGCAAGUUAAUUCCAUUUUCCAAACGGUACUGCGCUGCUCGACGGUGUUCAUUGACCACGACUUCGGGUUUCUUUCAGAGGAGGAUGACCGCCGACUAUGGUGACGACCCUCAACUCAAACUUCUCCUUCUCUCUCAACGACUGACCUCUCUCAAACGACAACGAGCAUACAACUUGACGGACAUCGUCGGCGAGACCGAAUCCCCGAACAAUAUGGAUGUUGAUUUGGGAAAUGAGUUUGGCGAGGAAGAGGAGAAAGACGACGACGAUGAUGAGGAUGUUAUUUGGAAACCAUUCAGAUCAAAUGAUACGGAAGAAUGUUUUGAAGGAGAGAAAGAUGGCGAUCAUUUCGAUAUGAACUCCCUGCAUCGUCAAGGCAGUGGUGAGGUUUUUACCGGAGAAUAUGUCGACAUCGACGAGGACUUCGUAGCACCACGGUCCAUCGACUGCGAUCUUCAUUUACACGAAGUCGAGGGUGAAGACGACGAUGAUGAUGAUGAUGUUAUUGAUUUCAAAGCUCUUGCCAUCUCAAAGCACUCACGAAUAGACAAGCCUGGAGUAGAAUGUAGCAAAACUGGAGUCGGAUUCAGUCGCAUCGCAGACUAUUACCGUUAUCCUGAAUUCCUGCAUGAUGUCACUGUCAGGAAGGUCAAAGACAUCGAUGUCGACAAUGACAAUGACAAUGAUUGCCCUACAGGAAUUGUUGGUGAAAGUGGCGAAGAAGAGGCGGCCGGGGUAAAACGCGAUGCUUCGUCAGACGAGAGGAAGCCACUUCCCACAAAGAAAUUGGCAUCGAACAUGAAAUCUGCGAGGAAGUUGAAGUCGGGUUUGAAGCAAAAGUUGAAGCAAACUCUUUCUGGACGAUUGUUAGACAUUUCGGACGACGUCACUCCAUCUUCAGACACGGCGAUGGCCAGAAUGGAUACCCUCUUCCAUCAAUGUGUAUGUACGUUUCCAUGGAAAUGCAAGUAUUCCACACUUGCUCCCCAAAACUCGCCUGCGAACGUUUAUCACAACGAAGAGGUAAAGAAAGUUUCGCAUGCUGGAAGUGGUACAGGAAAUCAGUUACAUGGGCGUGAUGAUCUCACCGGGUGGAGUCUACCGAGGAGUGAGAGGGGGGCUCAAUACGGAUAUGGAGGAGGCGGGAGGAAGGUGUCAUCGGCAAGAGACUCGAACAAAAGAAGGAAGUACGACCCCUUCAUCCAUCGGAAUAUCAGUGAUAGUUCAAAGUACACAUUCAAGCAUUACCAGGACUGGCAGGCCUACGUUGACGAGUACCGUCGAUACUACACCGUGGGUCAGACGGGAAUGGCGAUGAAGUCCCAUCCGAUUCCCGAGGGCGGUGGUCGUCGAGAAGCCGUCGUGAUCGUAAGGACCUUGUCCGAAAGCCUGGUCCGCCCACGGCUCCAAGAAUACAAUAUUCCUGACUGGGAUGAUUUCACAGACCUGAGCGCCACAACAAUGCGACCUCUUAACCUUGGUCCCAGCUAUAGGUCAGGCAAGGUACCGGACCUCGGCGUCACGUGGUUGGCUGCAGCUACUGCCCAUCAUCACGAGGUCCCGGCGGGAUAUCGUCACCCGGCUAGCAGGCACAUCAAAUUGACUAACAUCCGUCACGCAGAAUCCACGGGCACGCAGCUCAAGAAACGUCAUCAGCAGGCUCUACUGGAAAGCAGCUCGUCGACGACGCCGAGAGUAGGGACCAUCCUGCCUCAUGACGCCGGGGUGAAGAUCCCGAUGGAACCGAUGCACAUUGUCGAGGAUUUCCGAACGGGUCCUCGGAAGGAAAGGGUCGGUGCCGAUAUGCAGCCGAUCGGGUGCCGAUUUCUGACGAGUUGGCGUCCGAACGAGAGCACCCGGGUCACGAGCGCGAAAGUCCGAUCAAGAAAAAGUAGAAUGGAUGGGAAGACAUCCGAGGGCGUACUGGCCAAUGAUAGUUCCUCACCUCGCGGUCAGAUGUUACAGCCUUUGAUGAACGGACAAGGACAAACUCGGGCGGGAUUGCUGAAGUUGUUCACACCUCAGAAAGGCCUGGACGUGUUUCAUCUGCCAUCAGGAGCUGACGUCACAGGCCAAGUGACCGACACCAAUGGUACGAAGUUCAAAAGUAAAGCAUCAGUGGCCGCUAGAAGUGUGGACGCUUCAAAAUGGACAAACCUGCCAACUUCUGCAGACAAGUCUUCUUCCAAAUCGAGAGCAGAUUUACUAGACAAGACAGCCUCGGAAAAAGGUUCGGCAACCAGAUUGGGAACACUUGCUCGGAGACCUACCGCAAGGCUACACAACGAAACGCAAGCUCCUCAAAAAGAGCUGCUGCAAGUGAGGGGCGAAAGCAAGAAGAACAAACCGAUGGAGGUCGAGUCAGGGGAUGGCGAAAUGCCGCCGUCAUCAUCAAGUCCGAAGGAGAAGGACGGUGGGCUAUUCGCCAAGACGAGGAUCAAACUCGUUGCGCCAUACGCUCAGCCGCUGGCCCAAGACAAUGUACUCAUUGGAAGUCCAUACGGGACAAGCCCUCUUUUUGCGAAUGAAGAGCUAUCCACUACUGUUUAAUCGACGGGUUGACUGUGUUACAUCUACAGGGGCAGCAUUGCACUUAAAUUCGGUUGUGAAUUCGACCGGCCCACUCAACGUUUCAAGAUGCAUAUCAGACCACCCCAUGACCAGUCGGUCUCUGCACAUCAUAAAAUAAUACAUGGUAGGGAGGCGAAAUGGCCAGGGGCUCCUGUUAGUAAAUUACAAACAUGAUAAAGAUGUAGGCAAUGGCGUCAUCGGGGGGGGGGGG